AUGAGCAAUGUAGCGCAGUACAAGAGAGUCAUUAAACUCUCUAAAGAAUUGUCAACUCUUCCUGUUAUAUCUUACUACUUAAAACUAUAUGCGGCAGAGCUAAUAUUGAAUGAGAAGGAGCGAGACGGGGAAGCGACAGAGUUGGUCAUGUCAUUAUUAGACGAUGUAGAGAGCUUUAAAAAUGAGGUGAAUGAUGAAGGUACUAAGAUCCUGUUGAAUGAAAAAGACAAAGCAUUGGCUUUUGUGUUAAAUCUUGCGAUGUCAAUCUAUAACGGAAUCUUAGUACAAAUACAAGAUGAUAGGAUUAAUGACGAUAUAGGAAAGGGGCUAUGGUGCUGUAUAGAUUUGUUUCAAUGCUGUAAACAUAUAUGGGCGGAUAGUAUGGAUGCCAUUGUAAAAGAGCAAUGCGAUAAAAGGAUCAAACAUUCCAAAUACUAUCUUAUGAAAUUGAAAAGGGGACAAUUACAAAGCGACAAGAAGCCCCAAGAAACCACAUCAGAACCUACAAAUAGUAACCCACUAAGCGAAGUGGAAGAUGAAAUCCCAAAUUUUGUCGAGGAUCUAGAGGAUCAGCCGCUAUUCGAAGAGCCAAAAGAUUCGGAAAUAGCACAGCAGCAUGGUCCGUCUCCCUCUUUGAAGGUAGAUGAAUCCGUUGAGAAGUUAAAGCAGCUUGAGUCGCCAGAAGUUCCAAUAAAGUUGCUAACGCCAGAACCGAUCAAAUUAGAAUCACCUAAACCGGCAGUGAGACAUGAUGUUGCUACUUUGAAAGAAAUAAUGUCAAGGGAGCACAGGAUUCAAAAAGCACAACGAAGUGCUAAGUAUGCAAUAAGCGCUCUAAACUAUGACGACAUAGUAACUGCAAAAGCCGAGUUACUGCAAGCUUUUAAGUUGCUUGAAGACUUGACGCCUGAAUAA